CUCUCAAAGCAAAACAACCAUGACCAAGAAAAUCCUGCUGUUUGGUGCUGGCUACGUGGCCCCGCCGUUCGUCGAGUACAUGCUCCGCCGCCCAGAGAACUUUGUGACGAUCGCUGCACGCACUCUGACCUCGGCGCAGAAGCUCUCGGCCAAGUUCCCGGAAGGCAAGACUGCUCCUCUUCAGCUCGCCGUCACCGAUGAAGCUGCUGUCGAUGCUGCUGUCGCUGCCCACGACAUUGUGAUCAGCUUGAUCCCCUACACCUUCCAUGCGCUCAUCAUCAAGUCCGCCGUCAAGAACAAGAAGGACUUUGUCUCGACGAGCUACAUCUCGCCCGCCAUGCUCGAGCAUGACGAGGCUGCCAAGGCUGCUGGCGUCACUGUCAUGAACGAAAUUGGCGUCGACCCCGGUGUGGACCACGUCUACGCCAUGAAGACCAUCGACGAGGUUCAUGCCAAGGGCGGCAAGGUGCUUUCCUUCCUCUCGUACUGUGGCGGUCUUCCAGCGCCCGAGAGCUCCAACAACCCUCUUGGCUACAAGUUCAGCUGGUCUCCUCGCGGUGUCCUGCUCGCUGCCCGCAACGCCGCCAAGUUCAAGGAGAAUGGCGAGAUUGUCUCUAUCCCCGGUCCCGAGCUGUUGCGCAAGGGCCCCAAGCCAAUUUUCAUCUACCCCGCAUUCGCAUUCGAGGGCUACCCCAACCGCGACUCGGCGCCUUACGAGCAGCGUUACAACAUUCCCGAGGCCCACACUAUUCUGCGUGGAACUCUCCGCUACCAAGGCAACCCGCGCUUUGUGCUGACCUUUGCCGACAUCGGUUUGCUGAGCGACGAGCCGCAAGCACAUCUGGCUGCCGAUGCACCCGCUCAGUCGUGGCUUGAUAUCUUGGGCAAGCUUUUGGGUGUUGCUGCUUCCUCAGAGGUGAUCCAAGAGGCCAUCGCCACCAAAGCCCAACUCACUGGCGAUGAAAAGAAGCGUGUCAUCCACGGUUUCAAGUGGCUUGGCAUGCUUUCGGCCGACCCUGCCGACAAGCGCGGCACCCUUCUCGACACCUUGUCCGCGACGCUGGAAAAGAAAAUGUCGUUCGGCCCUGGCGAGCGCGACAUGAUCAUGCUUCAGCACAAGUUCGAAAUCGAGUGGGCUGACGGUCGCAAGGAGACCCGCACGGCCACCCUUCUUGAGUACGGUCAGCCUGACGGCAUCACUGCUAUGGCUCGCACUGUUGGUGUUCCUUGCGGCAUUGCCACGCAGCUCAUUUUGGAUGGCGUUAUCAACCGCAAGGGUGUUAUUGCGCCCAUGACUCCUGACGUCUACCUGCCCCUGCUCAAGGAGCUCGAGGCCGAGCAUAUCACAUGCAUCGAGGAGUCUGUUUAAGCUAACAAAGUCUCUUCUUCUCUUCUCUGUUGCGAGUUGUGAUUUGCGAGUGUGUCAAGUUUUGAUGAAUACACUGUCAAAUUUUAAACGGUU